CACGUUAUAACGACAUACUUUCUCGUAAUAACGACAUAGUUGUUUACAGUAAAACGUCAUCUUCUCGCGGGACAUUUCAUUCUCGUCUUGAUGACCUGUGGGAAAAGAUGGAGAAUCAGCGGGAGCCUCUUUAUUCCUUUUUAAGGGAUAGAAAUGUGUCAGAGGACAGAAUUUCCACCAUGAGGAAUGACAAAAUCGACAUCUCUGAGGCUGGACGAAGAAACACUACCUGAAGAUUUUGAGAGGAUUAAGAAAACCUACUGACUGACUUCCUUCAUGGAUGCAGAUAGAGGACAUUUGCAUUCUCUAAUUAAAGUGUACUUUUCAAUGGGGUUAAACCAUAGAGAAAUACUGCUUUCACUCAGCGCUGUUGAUAGAAUAAUAAUCAGCCUUCGGACUCUUCGAAGAAUCUUGUCAACACUGAGACUUCACAGAAGAAAAAACCAAAGUGACGUUCUUGACAUUGCAUUAUUUCUUAUUGGACAACUGCAGACUUAUGGUCAAUUUAAUGGAUACAAACUGCAACAUCUUAGAUGUAUACAGGAGGGAUUUGUUGUCACCCAGAACACAGUGAGACAGUUAAUCAAAAUUCUGGAUCCCAGAGGUGUUGAGUUGAGACAACGUAAUCGUCUCCGUCGUCGACUGUAUUGUAAUCCUGGACCAAACUUUAUUUGGCAUGUGGACUCUUAUGAUAAACUGAAACCAUAUGGAAUUUGUCUGAAUGGGGCUGUGGAUGGGUUUUCCAGAAUGGUUAUCUGGCUUCAUGCAUACUCUACAAACAGUAAUCCUAAAAUUAUUGCUGGAUAUUUCAUUUCAGAAGUUGAGAAAAGAGGUGGUACUGCAGCCAGAGUCCGUACAGACAUGGGGACAGAGAACGGUACAAUGGAAGACAUUCAAAGAAUUUUACGCCUUGAUAAUGAUGACAGCUUUGCCAGAAAUUGCUUCAUUUUAGGAUCCAGCACCCACAAUCAGCGAAUAGAGAGCUGGUGGGCUUUCUUAAGGAAACACCAUGCACAGUACUGGAUUAACGUUUUUCAAAAACUGAAGGAUUCAGAUGAUUUCACUGGGGACUUCUUGGACAAGCAGCUGAUUCUUUUCACCUGUUUGAAGAUCAUUGAGGAAGAGCUUCAAAAUGUUGUUCAUUUAUGGAACACUCACAUCAUUCGUCAGAGCAGAAAUGCGAUUGCUCCAAGUGGCCGACCAUGCAUGAUGUAUACCCUCCCGCAGCUUUUUGGUGGACAAGAUUAUUUGAAGCAAGUUUCCGAGCAAGCAGUGGCAACUUGCAAAGCACAUUGUCUUCAGAGGGGACCAGACACAUGUGAUGAAACCGUCUUCUCACUAUCCUGCCUCCUGAUGGCAGAAAACUGUCUUCAUGCACCGACCACACCAAAUGAAGCAAUUGAACUGUAUCUAUUUUUAAGAGCUUCCAUACGUUCAAACCUGUCAGACGUGUAACACUGGUUCAAAUCAACAGUUUCCUGCUUUCUUUACAAUCAACUUCUGCGUACUCAUAAUUGGUGUCAUAUUGUCCUUUCAUGCACCUUCAUAUAUUUUGUUUACAGAACUUGAAACUUUUUGCUGUUGUGUAUGACUGAAAAAAUGCUAUGACAUAAGAGUAGUGGAAUGUUAGUAAGAUAUGGAUCUAGGUUUACUCAGUUUUCUCAUAAAUGUGUAAGAUAUUUAGAUAUGUAAAUUGUACAUAAUAUACAUUUAAGUGUACAUGUUGGAGAACAAUUUAGAAAAUGUCAUUAAAAAUGUUAAAUCUAUAAUACAGUACACAACCUAUUCAAAUUUGGUCCAAUUUAUAAACCACACCCCACCUCAGUAAAUACAUAAAAUAUACUUUUCAUUAUGUCUAACACAACAACUAUCCUUAAAGUUCUCUGUACCUGGUGACUGAGGUCAGUUUUAAACUGACAACUAAUCUGGAAAUGCAGCUAUGAUAAAAAGUUGAAAAAUCAAGGACUCAUUAUGUUGAAUGUGUAAUGUUUUAAUCAUCACAAAAUAAACAAUUUGGGUGAUCAAACCAACAAUUUUGUUCUUUUCCUCAUAACAUUCAGAAAUGUUGCUACAUGUGCUUUGACAUGGUAAACAAAAUGUUCAUUUAACAAGUGCUCUAAAAUGUCCUAUUGGGAGGAGGUUCUCUCCAUCAAAGUGCAAAACUGUAGAGCAGAUAUGUUUUAAAUCUGAAAAACCAAAUCUCUAAAGUGAACAUGAGAAACUUCACAUACAUUAAAAACGAGUACAAAAAUAAAUACUUUUGUUGUGAACCAGGACAUCAUUGUGCUUAAUGCACAUCAAACCAGAAAGGAAUAUAACAUAUAAUACUGCCCUGUAAAAAGAAAAAAAGAUAUGUAGAUGCAUUCUUCAAGCUUAACCUGCUUAACUUGGAAAUCUUUUUAUGAACAGUGUUAAUGUUACCUCAAAUGCUCGUCUUUCACAGUAUUCUUUUAACCAGUCUUCCUUCUCAAUAAGUGAUUCUUUUCCAUUGGCAUCAAUAACAAAAACUGUUGAAUAUGAAUUUUACAGUGGUACAUCGCAUUUGUAAAUUCUCCUGAUAUUGUCUCUAUUCUUACUUCAAAUAAAAAAAA